AUGGUAAAUGUGAGGUUUGAUGAAUUUAAUGGCUCCCAAAAGGAGCACCUGCCUAAUCUAAUAGAUGAACCACCAAUUUCGGAUGCUAUUUGGCAAAUGGCCAUUGGGAGCAUCAGGCUAGUCGAAGGAAAUGUACCUAAAUCUUCUGAUGACGAUGCCCCCAUGACUCGAAGCAGAACAUGCCAAGCCACUGCCGAAGAAAAUGCAACUCGGAACACUAAUGGCAACCAGAAUGCAAAUGCCAAUCAGAAUGACAAUUCCAAUGAAAAUGGCGACCCAAAUGCUCAUCCUGAUGCUGAUGCUGAGGAAAAUGAAAAUCAUCAUCAAAAUGAAAAUCCUCACCCAUGA